AGGAUACGAGUGACUCCGACACUCCACUUGCAUCAUAUGCCGCGAAACAGCUUUCAGCGCAACGAAAGAAGGGAAAGAAUGCUCUUCGGGCUCAUUCAGCAAAGAUCCGCAUGAAGGUGAUCGGUAAGGGGAAGAAAAAUAUAACCCCGUCUACGCAGAAGAAGCGGAAAGUAAGGUCGGGGCUCGUGAGCCAGGCCUCUCGCAAAUCAGCUCAGCAAUCCAUUGAGAAUGGAAUCAAAUGGACGACAGUUCACCCUCCUAGCCCCGCAGAAGUCGUGAUCUGUAAUGACCUAUCAGCACCACCUAACAUUCCCCGUAUCUGGGCCAAAGAUAAGGAGGAGCUUCGCGAGAUCCUACCCGCAUUUUCUCAGGAAAUGAGCGGCGUUAUUUGGAAAGAAGUCGAGACGCCUAUUCUCCUCAUAGGAGGACCCACAUGGCCCGGCGAUUCAUGGGGCGGUGAAAAGUCGAUUCAGCUCACGAUAGUCAAAGAGUUCAACCGCAUGAACCCAGCAGGACAGUCUAUGGACUCAUCGUCGGGCUUUGCAGCGUUUCAAUGUGACUUAAUCUCGCCUUCCAGCCGCAUGGAACACUCAGAAGCAGUUCCAGCUGACAUACCACUCGCAUCACAUCCUUCGCCUAUCCAGUCCUCCGUACCGCGAGACAGUGCCCUGCCACCACCCGCGAUCCUUUCCUCGAUGUCAGUGCAAGGCGUUCGCGGCGCCUUGGACGAAUCAGGUCUCUAUAGGUUGUCUCCCACACCUGACGUGGAUACGAUUUCCGAUUCCAUGCCACCGAGGCCACAAGCUCACGAUGGCCUGCCAAGCUGGCGGAUAUGGGAACCCACUGAGCAGGCGAUGCCGUCUGCCACACCUUCCUCAGCGAGCGCAGCCCUUGCAGACGGUUCGGGAUCAUUCUCUCAGCCCAGCACCUGUGUCAUGGCCGCUGAAGAAAUCGUGCGGAGUGCUAGAGAGGUACAUCACGAGCACGGCUUUCGGAGCGGCAAUGCCGUCGAUGAGUUGUCCAAUACGCAGCAACUGCCUUCGGCCCAGUUAAUAGAAUCCAUGUCCGUCGAUAUCCCAUGCCUCGAACCCACAUUGGCGGUAGCAAUGCCUCCACCUACCGUAGAGACUGUUGAGCUACCUGAUCAUACAGACGUGUCGCUAGAUGCCUCGCGAAAUCGUCCGCUCCCGAUAUCAGAAUCCCUGAUUGCAGAAAAUCAACCUCCGGAGUUCAAUGCCUUGCGUGAAUGUCAGACGGCAGGGGUACCUAUCAGUGUGAUACUGCUCAGGGAUAGUCCUUUGGUACCGUUCGAACUUCCGUCUGAGUACGGCUGUUUAUUUCUAGGCUUCUUCACCAUUGCAGAUCUGCAGUCAGAGGUAGUGAUUACGGAUAGUGUGCGAUACAAUGGCCAAGUCAAGUAUAAGCUAAAGCUGCAAUGGACCCCAGGGGGAGAAGCUCCCCACGAGCUGCCAUCUCACCCAUGGUGGAUGUCUGUACCAACGGCGGAAGAUAUCAAUGCCAGUUCAGAGGAGGAUUCCAUGAUGAUAUCACACCCGUUCACGCUGCUUCCUUUAUACCUGCUUGCCGCAAGUGCCGCCUCCGAAGAAGAGAUGAAGACUGAUCUACCGGAGUCGACAACGACUACUGGCUGGCAUUGCACGGGUUGUGGAAGGUUGAACGCGCAGCGCAAUCUCCGAUUUCAAAAAUGCGCGACUUGCCAGAAAUCAAACAACAUACCAGCUGUACAUGUCAAUGCUGUACGUAACCCGUUCGUAAACGCGCCUGUAUCUUGGCCGUGGGACAGGCCCUCCGUUGGAAUUGAAUCGAAUACGUCGGAAGGCGCAGACGGAUCUCGCACAUUUUCAUACGCCAUGGGAGGUUCAGGCGUGAUUAAACACGUCUUCACCUGUAAUGCGAAUGAGCUGCAGCAAGAGCCGAAUCGCUUGUUUAGAGAUAUUCAGCUGCACGUUGAGUUAGUGCAUCGGAAGAUGACCAAAGGCCUUGCGACCGGCACGUACUACACUUACAUGGCCGCUGACAACAAUACGGCCGAGGAGUGGUGCAUACCCUGGGCGGAUGUUCCGGAGUGUAUCACGAGAGCACGCGACCUCAUACAAUCUCGUUGUACCAUUGGAAACAACGGUACCCCAUGCUCCAUCGGUCGCCUUACUCUGCUAGGCUGGGUCAGUACGGGUUCUCGAAAGGGGUGCUAUCUGCCAGCGAAAGAAUCACCCGUGAUGAUACUCUGCCUAGGUGCAGACGUGGAGUUGCUCCUGUCACCCAAGACCGACUCCACACCAUCACAAACUCCGGUGGACUUCGUCGAAGAUCCCGAGGAGCCUGCAGAUACGGUCUUUGUGAGUGUAGUUCCAGAGGGAGUUAUGAAUGGAGAGGAGGGGCCUAGAGCUGAGGAUACUCUGCUGGAUAUCAAUGUGGAGCCGGAGCGUCCAAGCGUACCGGUCACUAUCGUCACGUCUACCGGACAGGGUGUCGCUGUUGAGCAACAGCCGCUGAAGACUGUUCUCGUAACUUUAGUUCACGGAGACGUCCUCAUCUGCGAGGGCGUCGAUUUUGAGUACUCUUUGAAAAGGACUGGCAUGAGUAUAGUUCUGAUCGGUUCCAGCUGAAGGGUGCAUACAACCCGCCAAAACAUCACCUCACUGUCCUUGUUCUGUGUGCUACUGUGUUGUACAACUUCUAUACCACAUCUGCUAACUAUAAGCCAUGGAUAUCGCUAUGAAUGCUUCGCAUGAAGACGUUGUACGAUAGGAGUUGAUCCAUCAGCCUUGUGACGUCCACUUAGUAUACUGUCCGUCAUAUUGG